CACCUCUAUGGCUGAUGUUUGCAUAUCUCUCUGUAAGCGGUGGAGCAUAGCCACCGAUGUUGAGUUGGACUGCUUUACUGAAACUGAUCUAAAGGAAAUGACAUCACAGCAAAAGAUUGAAUUCCUUGCUCUUUUACUGUUGGAGCCUCCACUGCGUCUCAACAAUGUGAAACGAAUGCAGGAUCUUUAUAAAUUCAACGGUGUCAAAAAUGCAGAGAUAAGAUUCAGAUGGCUGCGUUUGUGCCUCCGAGCUCAGUGGGAAAAGGCCAUUCCACUCGCUUUGGAAAUGGUCACUGUGCAGGGUAGAAUGAAGUUCACUCGUCCUCUUUACAGAGAUUUGUACAACUUCGAACAAGCACGAGAGCAAACAAUUGAAACCUUUAAGAAGAACAAGCCCUGUAUGCACCCAAUCACAGCUGCAUUGGUAGCUAAGGACCUUCACCUUGUUUAAUAAUUGACCAUUACGGCAGUAGCACUCUCUUUUCAGAUUUUGUUACAAAAUAAAGAGCUUUGGUUAACAUACUUUCUCUACAGAUUAUGAAAAAGCUAUUUGUUGAUGCCAAUCAUUUUUUCAGCUGUCUUCAGAUGAAAUAGAAUUGUUCUAAUAGAAAUGUUAAAUUUAGAAACUAUUGCAUUGUUCCAUGGAAUCAGUAAGUGCAUUGUUUCAAAUAAAAUUUUUGAUCUCUA